CAGACACACACUUGAGCCUUGAGCUCUCCUGUCAUGUCUUCCGGCAGGCUCUGCUCCGUGCUGUUCUCCCUGCUGGUCGUCGUCCUGGCCGCGCGGCCAGCGGCGGUGUCCGGGGCGUCGGCGCACCUGCACUUCUACAUGCACGACGUGCUGACCGGCCCGGCGCCGACGGCGGUGCAGGUGCUGGACGGGCCACGCAGCCACUUCGGCGACACGAUCGUGAUCGACGACGCGCUGACGGAGACCUCGUCGGCGACGUCGACGGGCGUGGGGCGCGCGCAGGGGCAGUACGUGUGGGCCUCGAGGGGGAACCCGGAGCUGCUGGUCACCAUGGACGUGGUGCUCACGUCGGGCCCCUACGCCGGGUCCUCCGUGACGGUGGUGGGCCGGGACGACAUCGGCGCGGCCGUGCGGGAGCUCUCGGUGGUCGGCGGCACCGGGCAGUUCAGGAUGGCUACAGGGUACGUGCUGUGGAAGACCGUUCGGCUGGACCACCCCAACGCCGUCCUCGAGCUCGACGUCUUCGUCAACCCAUGAGCCAUGACUCUUGAUCUGUUCUGUACAUCUAUGCCCCGUCUAUAUGUCUCCUCUGCUACAAUAAUGUUGGAUAUGUACGUGCUACUGUUGCCCGGAUUUGGUGAUGAUUUUCUAAAUGUAUAUGCUUGGAUUUAGUUA